CCCAGCCUAGCACCAUGGAGAGAAACAGUUCUUUCUUCAAUUCUAUCUGGGAAACCAUCCGCACCAGACAUGAAAGAGGCAUCUUCAACACUGUCUGCCUGGCGGUCCUCCUGGGGCUGCCCCUGGUGGUGGUUCUCACACUCCUCUUCGUCUGUUGCCACUGCUGCUGCAGUCGGCCACCCAAGAGCGGCCAACAGCCAGACCAGAACAAGAAGAAAAAGAAAAAGAAAAAGAAGAAGAAGAAGAAGGAUGAAGACCUCUGGAUCUCUGCUCAGCCCAAGCUCCUCCAGAUGGAGAAGAGGCCAUCACUGCCUGUCUAGUGCGCAA